GCUAAGAGCAGACAGAGCUUGACUCGGAGGAGUGAGCACGCCUUUUUCACCACAUCAUCAGCUUCAGCUCUGGAAAAGGACGAUUCUCCAAUUUCACACUGUUUGGCUGAGCUGAACCGGCCUGGAGAUGCUCGAUACACGCUGAGCUCUCUAAGUUGCUAACUAGAGGUGUUCGGUUUCGGAGGCAGCAUUUUUAGAGAGUGAAUUCAGUGAGGAGGUGCUCAGAGGGGUCUGCUACUAACGUUAGUGUGAAAAAUCCGACCACAGACGAGAACGAAUGGUUUUCCUUCAUACGGACUCAGAAACGCAUGAGCUUUGUAUGAGAGAUCUUCGGGGUGAAUCCCACCACUUCACAUCAGGGAUAUCGGUGGAAAAAGGAAAGAAGGGUCCCUCUUAUUCGAAAGGCAUCCAUCUCUUCCAGAACUCCACCAUGUCUCUGGCCUCCUUCCACUUGAUGCAGACCCUAAAGAACUCCCCCGCAGCCCUCCGCAGGCACUUCCGGCGGGACCGCACUGAGAGCCUUUCUCACGGAGACCCCAUCUUCAAGGUGCACUAUUUGGGUACCAAGAAAAUCUUCUCCUUGGACCUGGAGCAGGCAGAGGAUGCCAUAGACCGGCUUCUAGACGGUGCACCUGGGAAGUUAUCCAAGGACCAUGCCCUGGUGGUGCGGCCACGCUAUGUGGAAGUUAAAGAGUUAAGCACGGGGAGGCAGCUCACCAAGACCUACCUGCACGACAUUGCGUACUGUGCUUCGCACACAGCCCGGCCCAACGUGUUUCUCUAUAUCUGCAGGCAGCCAGGUCAGCAGCUGCAGUGCAGGGUGUUCUGGUGUAGUCGGGUGGAAAGGGCUAAGGACAUGACUGCGUGCCUGGCAAAAUCAUUUCAGAGGGCAUUAAGCGAUUGGCAGGAUGGGUGUGCCACGUUGGCACAGGCAGAAGGCGUCGCUAAGGAGGACGAGGUGCUCAGCAACUCUGCUGUGCCCAAAGUGUCAACGUUGCCAGCCAGUCUGGGAAAAGUCCGUUGGAAGAAGAAAGGCUCUGUGUCUCGCAGUCCUCUGAGAUCAAUCACCAGACGGGGAUCAGGAAGUGACAGCUGGCACUGAAUUGCCCAGGUUCAACCCUUCUGCUUGAUCUUUUGACCCCUAUGGGAUCUUACCAACAAGAAGGCACUUUCGCGUGUUUGGGGAGGUGGGAGCAAGGAGACAGGAGGUGGGAGGGGAGAGAAAGGCAACAACAGCUGGACUGGACAGAACAGAUUCCACCAAACCUUUCCUCCCAGGAAAGUAGUCUUGAGACUGUAGCCAGUGUUUGAAGUGAUGCCAAAUUUGCUGUUAUUGCUCCUUCAGGACAGAGAUACUGAUAACUGACGACGGGGAUGAGCCAAUGGUUAUAUGCUGGCCAUUUUUAUUUUAUUCUAUUGUUCAUCUUAUUGAUGGCAGUGUUGUGUACCAGUGUCGGUACCUUGGGACCAUUGAGCCUAGAAUGCAAUGUCAUGCAGACAAAGUAUAUCACCAAAGUCAACUAAAACCAACCUAACCAGUUGCUAACAGUAAGACAAGUGUUUUAACCGGGUUUAUUUAUUAACAGUUUGCCCUGUUCUAAGUACAUAGAGAUGUUUGGGAAAGGGGUGAGCGUGACUCAUGAAAAGUGAAACAGGAAACGUGUCUGUGUUUGUACUGGACAUGUCAUGUUGGAGAUUUGUGUGGGAACAGGGAGGAUGCUGGGACAAGAAUGGCAGAGCAAGACAAUUCCAAUAAUAAUUCUAAUUCAAGCAUAAUAGUGGAUUACCUUGUUAAAAUACAGUGGCAAAAAUUAGACGUUUCACAUAUACCUUUGGCCCCAGUACAGUCGUUUAAGACUUUUUAUUACAGGUCAAACUAGUUAAUUCACAUUAAUUCCCCUUACAUUGCUUAAUCUUUAUAGUCUUUUACCAUGAGAGCAAAUAGGUUCUGCUAUGUAAGGGCCAAAUUCAUUUCUCUGCAGAAAAAACAUUCACAUUAGAUUUGAUCUUCCGAAGAUUUUCACCGUUUCAUUUGCCUCCCAGCAAACUGUCAGCGAGGCAGUAAGCCAUGACUUUAAGUACUUUCCCAAAGAGAAAACAAAGUGACUGAGUAGGUAUUCUGCAUUCUUGUGCGCACUUGGUAAGAGAACACAGUGCGCUCUAAGCAGUUUGGAAUUCCUGCCGUGCACCUGCAUUCCAGUAGGGCCAUGUCCCUGCCCCUCCUCCUUCCCCUGUCUGCCCUCAUGACUCUGCAAGUUUUGAAGCAAAACAUCAAUUCAAGUGUUUUUCUUUUCCACAUUUUGCAGAUUCAUGCUAGUGACUUUUUUGAGACCAAGAGAUCGAAAUGCUGAUUAUGCUAACAAAUGCACAGAGAACCUAAGCAGAGUUUUAACAGUGCCAAGCACUUGUCACGUAUCCUCUUGCUUUAUUGGCAUAAACCAUGUACUCUAAACUGUCUGAAUGGUCCAGAUUUACUGUUUGAGUCCUAGCCCCAUGAUGCUUUUGUCGGAAGAAAACCCUGUAUCUCCAAAAUGGUAACUUUACAGGAGAAGGAAAAACCUACUUUGCUUUUAAUCAAUGGAACCAGAAUUUUUCCAAGGCAUUUUGGUUAAUUUCUUUUAGUCCUUUCAUCAUGAAAUUUACAAAUAAUAUAAAGGGUAACAGAUAUGUUCAAAUUAUGUCAAAAAUGGAGAUACGAGGUUUUCUUCUGACAACAGCGAUAAAUAUCCAUCUCAUACAGGCAGCAUAUCCUUGCUGUUACAUAUUCUGACUGGACGUAGCUGCAUGUUUCAGUAGCUUAUUGUGCCUGGCCCAAUUAUUACAGCAUCCAGGCAAGUAGAUCAUUCAUUUUCUGAAUAUUUUAAUCCUUGCUGGUUUUAAUUUAAAGCAUAUUAAAGUGUAACCCGUGUUACAAAGAUGCCAGACCUGCUUUCAGGAUCUGUAUGUCUGCUUGAGGGUUUUUGUCUAAUAAAUGUGCA